CCCACGUCAUGCACUAAAAGGAUUCAUCAUUCCAAGAUAAAACACAACCAUGACACAUGAAGCCUGUCUUGUGGGCGUCCGAUCAAUCCACAGAUGAAUCUUUGUGCUGGCCAAGAUUUGGUGUUGGACAAGGACAAACAGUUUUGCUGAGAAAGGGAAAGAAGAUUGGAGGGAGGGAAUCAUCUUAGCUACCCGAAGGCCACCCUUUUCCUUUUCCAUCAGAAGCCACCAUGAGAUUAUUGCUACCGUCAUUGGUAGUUUCAGUAUUCCUUGCUGCUAAUAAUGUCUCCGCCAUGGCCACAACCAAACCACGGAUUCUCUCGUUUGGCAUUGCCGCAGUGGAUUUUGUAGCGGUCGUCGAUCACUUUCCCGAUCCCGAUGAAAAAAUGAGAUCGUCCUCUCUGUUGGUAGCGGGUGGAGGCAAUGCCGCCAAUUCGGCCUGUGCCAUGGGUCGAUUAUCCGACUACUGUCAAGUGGAUGUGGCCACGGCCGUGGGCGACGAUGCCAAUGCGAAUACCAUUAUCGAUGGAAUUGCCGAAAACAACGUCGGAGUCGAGUACGUGGAGAAAACACCCGGAGGCAGCAGUCCCUUUUCCUACAUUUUAACCACUCCCGACAAUGCGCGCACCAUCAUCCAUCAACCGUCGACACGAGAUAUGAGUCUCGAAUUUGCCAACACAAUUCCCUUGAGCCAAUACGAUGCCGUUCAUUUUGAUUGUCGUCAUCCGGCAGCCGCAGUCCUGUUGGCCGAAAAAUGUUUUGACAAGAAGAUUCCCUAUUCGCUCGACGUGGAACGACCCCGGGAAGGACUGGACGAAUUAAUGGACAAGGCCACCGUCGUCAUUUGUAAUUCCGAUUUUUGCGAUACCAUGCUGGGAAAACCCGACAAGGAUAAUCUAUCGGAUCUAGAAAUUGCCAAUCGACUCAAACAAGUCAUUAAAAAAAAGGCACCCAACUGCAAGAUUGCAUUGCAGACUUUGGGUGGCAAGGGAUCUUGUUUAGUACGCAUGAAUACUAAUAAUGAUGGCAAGGAUGGAACCAUUUUGGAGACGGACGAGAAGGGACACGUUCCCUUGGUCACACAGCACGAUGGCGCACUGUGGUGUGCCGUCUGGGGCGGAUGUGACGUUGUGGAUUCCACCGGAGCCGGAGAUGCCUUUCAAGGUGGAUUUGCCGUGGCGUUAUGGAGUUAUCUCGCUGCCAAUCCGGACCAAUCUCUCGAGACGGCUCCACCUGCAGCAUUGGCUCGCAGUAUGAGAAUUGCCACACGAGUCGCCGCCAAAAAGUUGGAAGCUCCGGGAGCCCGCGAUGGACUGCCGCGAAGCAGUGAAGAUGGACCCUUGCAAGAAGAAUUUCAAGGGUUGGGCGUCACUGCCAGUGCAGCAGCCACCAAGAAAUCGGGUUGGAGGCGGUUGAUUCCGUUCCUGUAACGUUGCUACUGUAAGCUUGUUCUAUGGCACCAGCUAGCUAGGUGUGCCGAAUAACACAAGCGAUAGCUGCCUAGCUAAACUUGUCAUUGCAUCAUUGGCUCGCUUUUUGAUACUGUAGCAGUACUGUCUUUGUCCCAUUACUAUCAAAGUGGUUUUGAACAUGGUCAGCCAUACUUUAAAAAAAAAGUGAAUAACUUGGUGGCGGGCCGGGUACUUGUCCCAAUGGCGGACUACCGGUAGACAGGAUACUUGGAGCUUCUUCAGCCUCUUUUAAAUUCUUCAACCCAUGCGUUCUUUGGUGCGGUACGAGCUCCAGCUCAUCCUGAGCUUUCAAGAUGUCAUUGUUGACAGUCCUUGGCUUUGCUUUUCUUCCUCACUCUUUCCCUAUUCUAAGUCAAAUUUUAGACAGCUUUGAUGGCUUUUAUUUGGAUAUCCUUGUCAGC